AGAGAACAAAAAAUAAAGAUUUAAAUAAACAGAAGAUUCUGUCUAGGAGAAGAAAAGAACCGAUUUCGAGAACGUGACCUGUUGACCCCCAAAUUUCACCAUAUUUAUAUAAAAAAUUUCCUAUUUCUUCCAAAUGUCUUGAUAAAUUUCUAUGGAAACUGCAAACCCUACCCCAGGCGAAGCUAAGAGGGAUGUCUACUCGGUUUGGGCCUUGCCGCCGGUGGAGCUGACGCCGCGGCUGAAGAAACUGAUGGACGGCCUCAGAUCCGAGUUCGGCGGGCCCCAGUUCGAGCCCCACGUGACGGUCGUCGGCGCCGUCAGCCUGACCGAGGAGGAGGCCCGCGACAGGUUCGCCAAGGCGUGCGAGGGGCUCAAUGCGUAUGCUGCCACCGUGGAGAAAGUCGCCGCCGGCACCUUCUUUUACCAGUGCGUUUUUCUCCUCCUUCAUCCGACGCCUCAGGUGGUGGAGGCUAGUGCUCAUUGCUGUGGUCAUCUCGGUUACAAGAACUCAACUCCGUAUAUGCCUCACUUGAGCCUACUCUAUGGGGACUUGACGGAUGAAGAGAAAAGGAGGGCUCAAGAGAAAGCUUAUGCUCUUGAUGAUGGCAUUGGCAGUUUAAGCUUCCAGAUAUCUUGUCUGGCACUGUACAAAACCGACACUGAGGACAAGAGCUGCAAGUCAUGGGAGAAGGUGGCUGAGUGCAACCUCAAGCCUUAAACUUUCAUAGGCCCCCUAGUAUGGAAAAAUUGGUCCUAGGUUGUGAACUAAUUUGUCUCCUGUAAACUGCCAAUAAGAGACUUGGCAAAGUAUGAAGGACAUCCAAUAAAACUGAUUACGGUAAUGUUAUGCGAUUGUUUUCGGGAAAUUUAUAUAUAUAAAAAACAAAAAAAACAAGUGGACAAAAAUAAAAAAAAAAAAAAUCUGGACCAAAAUCAAAA